CCUCCCACGCGCGCCGCCUCUCCAGCCGCCGCGGCGACCUCGCCAAGCUACUGGCUCUCACGUGCCAGCAGCCCACUCCGCAUCAUCUCUCGUCUCGCUCCCAGAGGGAAGCGACUGCAUUUCCCGCCGGCCGCCUUCCACCGGGGCUGCGGAGGAGAAGCGACUAGGCCCGCCCGCUGACGUCACCCUGUGGCUCCGCCCCCUGUAGGGUCCCGGGCCCUUGCGGCGGGGCUGCCCCGGGGGCGGGGGGCCGGAGUCAGUUGAGGCAGCGGAGCUCGGCGGAGGGUGGGCCAGGUGAGCUGGUCCAGGCCAUGCCGAGGAAGAAGCCCUUCAGCGUGAAGCAGAAGAAGAAGCAGUUGCAGGACAAGCGCGAGCGGAAGCGAGGGUUUCAAGAUGGACUGCGAUCCAGUUCCAACAGCCGCAGCGGGAGCCGGGAGCGGCGGGAGGAGCAGACGGACACCUCGGACGGGGAGUCUGUGACCCAUCACAUCCGCAGGCUCAACCAGCAACCAGCCCAGGGCCUGGGCCCUCGUGUCUAUGACCCCAAUCGAUACCGACUGCAUUUUGAGCGAGACAGCCGAGAGGAUGUGGAGAGGAGAAAGAGAGCUGCUCGGGAACAAGUUCUACAGCCAGUCAGUGCUGAAUUGCUGGAGCUGGACAUCCAAGAGGUCUAUCAGCCAGACUCAGUCCUGGACUUUCCCCGACGCCCUCCUUGGAACUAUGAGAUGACCAAGGAGCAAUUAAUGAACCAGGAGGAACGGAGCUUCCAGGACUAUCUUGGGAAGAUUCAUGGGGCUCACACUUCUGAGAAACUCAGCUACUUUGAGCACAAUUUGGAAACAUGGAGGCAGUUAUGGCGGGUAUUGGAGAUGUCUGACAUCAUCUUGCUGAUCACUGAUAUUCGACAUCCAGUUGUGAAUUUCCCACCAGCAUUUUAUGAGUAUGUGACUGGAGAACUUGGGUUGGCCCUGGUGCUGGUCCUGAACAAGGUGGAUCUGGCUCCGCCAGCUCUUGUGGUUGCCUGGAAGCAUUAUUUUCAUCAACACUACCCCCAACUCCACAUCGUCCUUUUUACCUCUUUCCCGAGGGACCCCCGAGCCCCACAGGACCCUAGUGGCGUCUUGAAGAAAAGUCGGAGGCGGGGGAGAGGAUGGACUCGGGCCCUGGGGCCAGAGCAGUUGCUGAGAGCUUGUGAAGCCAUCACUGCAGGGAAAGUGGACUUGAGCAGCUGGCGAGAGAAGAUUGCCCGGGAUGUGGCUGGGGCUACGUGGGGUAAUGGCUCUGGGGAGGAGGAAGAAGAGGAUGAUGGGCCGGCAGUCCUGGUAGAGCAGCAGACUGACUCAGCGAUGGAGCCGACCAGCCCAAACCAGGAACGCUACAAGGAUGGAGUGGUGACCAUUGGCUGUGUGGGUUUCCCCAAUGUGGGGAAGUCCUCACUGAUCAAUGGGCUGGUGGGAAGGAAGGUUGUCAGCGUCUCCAGAACCCCAGGCCACACCCGAUACUUCCAGACCUACUUCCUCACUCCCACAGUGAAGCUUUGUGAUUGCCCUGGCCUCAUAUUCCCUUCCCUUCUGCCCCGGCAGUUGCAGGUUCUGGCGGGGAUCUACCCCAUUGCCCAAAUCCAGGAGCCGUACACCGCCGUGGGCUACUUGGCCUCCCGAAUCCCACUGCAGGUCCUGCUCCACCUGCGUCACCCAGAGGCCAAGGACCCCUCAGCAGAACACCCCUGGUGUGCUUGGGACAUCUGUGAAGCCUGGGCAGAGAAACGUGGUUAUAAGACAGCCAAAGCAGCCCGAAAUGAUGUGUACAGAGCAGCCAAUAGCCUCCUGAGGCUAGCAGUGGAUGGUCGCCUCUGCCUGUGUUUUCACCCCCCAGGAUACAGCAAACAGAAAGGCACCUGGGAGUCCCAUCCAGAAACCUCGGAGCUGGUGAUUUCACAAGGCAGAGUGGGGCCAGCAGGUGAUGAGGAAGAGGAAGAAGAGGAAGAGCUGAGCAGCUCCUGUGAGGAGGAAGUUGAGGAGGACCGGGAUGCAGAUGAAGAGGGGGAAGGUGAUGAAGACACCCCAACCUCAGUUCCAGGGUCCAGCCUGGCUGCUCGAAACCCUUAUGCUCUGCUGGGUGAGGACGAGUGCUGAGUCCCUACCCAAUGCCAUCGUCUUCAUCCACUUUGCUUUUGGACUGUCCUGGGAGUGUCUCCCCUCUGCUGCCCCAUUUGUGAAUAAAGAUUGUCUGCUUUGUAGCCCCUUCCCCAAAUGGACUGAGGUGAGAGCAGCUGUUUCAGCUGUGA